AUGUUCGUGGAACUUGAGAGAGAUCAGCAGAGGCGUUAUCGGACUUGCCAGAUCUCUCGGCACUGCGGAUGGGAUACGACAACCGGAAAUCCAGGACACCUCUCUGAGAGACCUCUACUGCUUAUCGUGGAUGCCUCUGCCCGGGUGACGGUUCUUACGCCCAAGUUCAAAGGCACGCGUGCAAGAUUACUCCCUAUCCCGUCUGAUGUGAAGUGGGUGGAAUGGGCAGAGGAUGAGAUUCCGUAUGGACAACUAUCUGAUAUCGAAGGGACGGUAUUUGUAGAUGGGAAUAUCCGUCAUUUCACCGUCGAUGGCCUACGAAUAGUGUUCCCAAAUGCUACAGUGAGCGCUGCUCCCCCAGAGAUCAAGCAGUUGCGAGAACGCAAGUCAGAGGGAGAGCUAGAGUUGCUCAAGUCCAUCCGACAAACACACAAACAAAUGCACAUCGGCAUGCGAGAGUCCGACGCACGUAAUCUCAUCGCACGCGCCCUCGCCGACGCUGGACUAAAAGACGAAAACGCCGCCCUCCCCUACGGAAGCGGCACAGAUCGCCGUUUCCACCUCGACGAAUUUGCCUUAUUCGAUUGCACCGCCUCUUUGCACGGCUACUGGAGCGACGUCACACGUACCCUCGCCCUCCCCGCCUCCACCAUCCCCGAUACCCAUAUCCAAAUAUGGAACUUUGCCCACUCUGCUCAACAUAUUGCCUUUGGGACUGCUCAUGCAGGCGUAGUCGCCAAACGUGUCGACGAGGCUUCGAGGCUCUUCCUCGGUCUCGCGGGGUAUGCAGAGUAUUUUACGCAUCGUCUUGGACACGGAAUUGGCUUGGAGGUGCAUGAGGAUCCGUACUUGAAUGGUGGAAGCGAGGUCAUCCUCCAGACAGGGCAUACUUUCUCCGACGAGCCAGGGGUGUAUAUCGAGGGCAAGAUCGGCGUGCGCCUCGAAGAUUGCUUUUACAUUGCGCAAAAUGGGAGUGCAGUGUACCUCACAGCCAGAGUGGGGGGACCUGCUUUGUCGCCUUGGAAGCCGUAG